GUCAGCGGACUUCCCCCUAAGUCAGCCAUGUUAUUCUUGCACCACGUUUGCUCCUGUGUUUUUGUUCGGUAAAUAGGGAAUUUUAUAGCCAAAAUAAAACAGUUAGGCGAAAUGGGGAAGAAGAACAAGAAAGAACCAGUGGCUUCUAGAGCAGAGUUGAUGGUGAUGACUGUCUCUGACAUUGUGAACCAACUGAUUACUGCUCAUGAGAAGGGUGAAAACAUUAACCUCAACAAAGUGAAAGGUAAAGCAGCGAGUAAGUAUGGCCUGGCCAGUCAGCCACGCCUUGUGGAUAUCAUUGCAGCAAUCCCCCAUUCACAUCGCAAGGUUCUUCUCCCAAAGCUGAAAGCAAAACCUGUUAGAACAGCUUCUGGGAUUGCUGUGGUUGCUGUCAUGUGUAAGCCGCAUCGAUGCCCACACAUAAACAUGACUGGGAAUAUUUGUGUGUACUGCCCUGGAGGACCUGAUUCUGACUUUGAAUACUCUACACAGUCUUACACUGGUUAUGAGCCAACAUCUAUGAGGGCAAUACGUGCCAGAUAUAACCCAUACCUACAGACGAAGCACAGAGUAGAGCAGCUGAAGCAGUUAGGCCACAGUGUCGACAAGGUGGAGUUUAUUGUAAUGGGUGGGACAUUCAUGUGUCUUGACGAGGGUUACAGGGAUUUUUUCAUCCGCAACCUCCAUGACGCUCUGUCUGGGCACACAAGCAAUAACGUGGAGGAGGCGGUCAAGUAUUCAGAGCGCAGUAAGACCAAGUGCAUUGGUAUCACCAUAGAAACUCGUCCAGACUACUGCCUCAAGAAACACCUAAGUUCCAUGCUGGCAUAUGGCUGCACUAGGCUGGAGAUUGGGGUUCAGAGUGUCUAUGAAGACGUUGCUCGUGACACAAACAGAGGUCACACUGUACGUGCAGUUUGUGAGUCUUUUCAUCAAUCUAAAGAUGCUGGAUUCAAGGUUGUUUCCCAUAUGAUGCCAGACCUGCCUAAUGUUGGUCUAGAAAGAGAUAUUGACCAAUUCAUAGAGUUUUUUGAGAACCCAGCUUUCCGUGCAGAUGGGCUUAAGAUCUAUCCAACGCUUGUAAUACGAGGAACAGGUCUUUAUGAGCUGUGGAAGACAGGGCGGUACAAGAGUUACCCGCCAAACACAUUGGUAGAUCUAAUUGCUCGUAUUCUUGCACUCGUCCCGCCCUGGACCAGAGUCUACCGAGUACAAAGAGACAUCCCCAUGCCUCUAGUUAGCUCUGGAGUUGAGCAUGGCAACCUGAGAGAACUGGCACUAGCUCGGAUGAAGGACCUUGGUACACAGUGUCGUGAUGUCAGGACAAGGGAGGUUGGGAUUCAGGAGAUUCACCACAAAGUCAGGCCAUUCGAGAUCGAGCAGAUUCGUCGUGAUUAUGUGGCUAAUGGUGGAUGGGAGACUUUUCUGUCGUAUGAAGAUCCAGAACAAGAUAUCUUGAUCGGCCUUCUUCGACUGCGCAAGUGUUCCGAUCAGUCGUUCCGCCCCGAGCUCAAAGACCGCUGCUCUAUCGUUCGUGAGCUGCACGUGUACGGCAGUGUGGUUCCCGUUAGUGCACGUGAUCCGUCGAAGUUCCAGCAUCAGGGUUUUGGGAUGUUGCUUAUGGAGGAAGCGGAGCGCAUCGCACGAGAGGAGCACGGCUCAAUCAAAAUAGCCGUCAUAUCUGGUGUUGGUACUCGAAAUUACUACCGUAAGCUAGGGUACGAACUGGAAGGGCCAUAUAUGGUAAAAAGUCUGAUCUAAUACACGAGCAUUACCAAACACGAGGUUGUGGUGCAAGAGUGCGGGCCGACACCAAAUAUGGUAAAGGGAUCUAAUAGUGUGACUUAUACGGACGAUGGUAUUGCGGCCCAAGAAUCUGGACGCACAACAUGUGGUAAAGCGUCUAAACUAAUACUGCGACAUGCACCAAAUACGGUAAAGGGCCUGCCUUAGAGCUGUACGUAACAAGGAUGGACUGGCUUCGAGACUGACAUGACCAUAGCAAGGGGACUGCACUUAAACGUCCGAUGGGAGACCAUGUAUGAUACGCUAAUCGUGGAGUCCAUACGUAGCAGAAUGUACCGUAACAGAAUGUACCGUAUGCGUAUGACAGUAGCCAUCGUUUCUAAUCAUUGCCUAGCCCCGUGCAAAUAGCGCCGUAUGUCGCAAAGUCAAUGCGGCAGUUUAUGGAGAGUGUAAGUGCCAUUAUGGUUUAGAAUCAGUGCCAUAUAUGGUUUAGAGUCAGUGCCAUAUAUGGUUUAGAGUCAGUGGAAUAUAUGGUUUAGAGUCAGUGGAAUAUAUGGUAUAGAGUCAAUGCCAAAUAUGGUUUAGAUUCAGUGCCAAAUAUGGUUUAGAGUCAGUGCCAUAUAUGUUAUAGAGUCAGUGCCAAAUAUGGUUUAGAGUCAGUGCCAAAUAUGGUUUAGAGUCAGUGCCAAAUUUGGAUUAGAGUAAGUGCCAAAUGUGGUUUAGAGUCUGUUCCAUAUAUGUUUUAGAGUCAGUGCCAAAUAUGGUUUAAAGUGAGUGCCAAAUAUGGUUUAGAGUCUGUGCCAUAUAUGGUAUAGAGUCAGUACCAUAUAUGGUAUAGAGUCGACUCUAAUGCUAAACAUAACGUGAUGUUUAAUAAAUUUGUACUAAACUUCCUUCGAGCUAUGAAUUGAUUUUUGAACCAACAGCAAGUGUAUUGCUAUAAUUGGUUUAAAAGUGAUACUUGUAAAAGACUGUUCAACGCAGUUAUUGAAUAUUAUUGAUGGAAUGAAUAUGGAUGAUUCUAUUUUUUUUGUAUAUUUGAAUAAUUUGAUACUGUAAUGUAAGUGUAGACUUGUGUUAUAUGCUCAAAUAAAUGUGAAUACCUCUUA